AUGAUUGUAGACGAGCGGAUUCUCAGUCUCUUUAAAAGGAACUGGCAGCAUACCCUGACAUACUGGAGCGUUUUCUUCAGUUUCGGACUCUGUAUCGCCUUCCUAGGUCCCACGAUCCUGGACCUUCGGUGUCAAACGCAGUCCACGCUGCAGGAGAUCACCUGGGUGUUCUUCUCCCAGCAGUUCUGCCUGCUUGUCGGUAGCUCGAUCGGUGGGGUCUUCAAGAAAACGCUUUUAUGUGCAUUGUCUGCCCUCCUCCUGUCCUCGCUGUCAAUCUCCCUGGUUUUUGCCAUCAUUCCCCUUUGUCACAAUGUGCUGCUGCUUGCAGUCGCUAUGGCCAUCGCUGGUCUGGCCAUGGGGGUCAUUGACACCAUCGCCAACAUCCAGCUGGUCAAGAUUUACCAGAAAGAUUCUGCCAUCUUCUUGCAGGCUCUUCACUUUUUCAUUGGCUUUGGUGCUCUGGUGAGUCCACUGAUUGCUGACCCCUUCCUGUCUGAGACAAACUGUGUGGUGAGCAAUGGCACUGGGAACACUACUGCUAUGAUGGAGCACCUGAGGAACACACUAGCAGGAGGCCCCAUGCCCAACAUAUCCCAGUACCAACUGCCUGUGGAGGGCAAGGUUAUCACGCAGGUCUCCUUUGCCUUCUGGAUCAUGGCCCUCAUAAACCUACCCGUGCCAAUAGCAGUAUUCAUGUUAAUGUUCCGGGAGAAGCUGAUUCCCUGCUGUGCCAGCGGUAUUCCACGAUUACUGGAUCGGGAUGAGCUUGCGAUAGAAACUCGUCAUGAGUCGAAUGCAAAAGACCCAGAUGCUGGCGGGUCUGGUUGUGCAGGACAUAGUGAUCCAUUCUGCUGCUGUCAGAAUAAUAGUCUGCGAGGCCUGCCCCCAUCCUUCUUCGGAAUCCACAUCCUGGGUGGGAUGGUUCUUUUUAUGACGGACGGCAUUGUGGGUGCUUAUGCAGGGUUUGUUUAUACCUAUGCAGUGGCACCCCCAAUGUCACUGGCACACAGGACAGCUGGCUAUUUGGCCAGCGUCUUCUGGGCAGCCAUUACUGUGGGCCGGCUUGUAUGCAUCCCUCUCUCCUACCGUUUCCAGCCUGUUCGACUUCUCUUAAUUAACCUGGUAAUGUUUUGUCUUAUUUUCACGAUGUUUUAUUUAUCUUUGUUGAAUGUUUAAACUAAUGUUAAUGUUCCAUAUACUUUUAUAGAAAUAUUUGUAACUAUUUUGAUAUUAUGUAUUUAGAUACAUAAUAUCUAAAUACAGU